CUUUGUGAUGUUAUCUAAGUGUAAUUAAUGGUUAAACACUUCGGUAAGCAACGGUACGAUUGCAUUCUGGUCACGCAAAGGAUCUCACAUAAAACGCAGACUAGAUUCUAGCAAGGUAUUCACAAACAGAACGGUGCAGUCUCGUCGUACUAGACUCGAUUGCCGCUUCUUUCGACCAUUGCACGAAGUCAAAUUAAAGUCUGCAGAUUUUGGUGAAAAAGAGACACAGAAAGAGCUCUAUAUAGCGGUUGCGAUCUAAAGUAAAACUUCAGCAAGAAGCUUUAAAAGAUGUUCGCAAGCACCGUACAAACACUCAUUACGGCAGCCAUGUUGCUUUCCUGCAAAGCAGUAGAAAUAAAUUUGCUGGAUGACUUUGAGAUAAACGAAGGCAUGGAGAAUAUUCAGGAAACAACAGGACUGCAAUACGAGGGAAGAGCGUUUGAGUUUGGCGACGUGAAACAGGACUUGAUGAAGAAAGGGAAACUGCCCAGCGAGAUAGGAAAACAAGCGAAGAUUUACGCAGGUUUCACCGUGACAGCAAAUGUUAAAAUUCAAAACAACCAGGAGUGCGCUUUAUUGUGGAUUGAGACAAUAUACACUCAGCCUCUUUUGGGUAUUUGGAUCAUGUGCAAUGACGACAGUUGCCGUUUGACUAUGCUCUACAUGAUCCACAGAAGAUCCUACGAGGUCCAAUUUGACAACAUAGGACCCCUUUACGACGAAGAUUGGCACAAGCUAGUUGUCCACGUUCAGGGUGUCAAAAAAUCACAGAGUCCAGUUGCAUCGGUGUAUGUUGAUUGCGCAAAGCAGGAUGAAAAAGCAUUGAAGAGUAACUACAAUAUAUUGAUACCAUUUGUCAAUAAGAAACCAACGUCAUCAAAUAUCUGGCUUGCACAGAGAUCACGAGGCCGUAGAGGGGGAUUUGAGAGACCUUGGAAGGGAAGUCUACAAAAUCUCAAGUUCGUCUUCAACCGCGAUAUUGAGAAGCUAACUGAUCAAACAGUUUGUUCAAAUUUGAAAGGAACAAGACGCAAGCAAUAUUCUCCUCCUGUGACCGAGAAUGUCUCUAUUGCAACGGAUCCACAAGAAGUGGAUAUAAACAGCAUCAAUGGUCCCUUGCGAGGAAUGGCCUCUCACGUUUCUCAACUUGAAAUCAUUCUAAGUAAUCAAGUUGAAGAGACGAAAUAUCUCCGUCGAAUGAUUGAGAAUUUCCACUAUGCUGACAGAAGAGUGACUUCAUGUAACCUAAGGCCAUGCUAUCCAGGCGUGUUAUGCAUCGAUACUCCCGACCACACCCCAGGGUACCGAUGUGGGAAUUGUCCAAUGGGUUUGGAAGGAGACGGAGUGAACUGUACUGAAUUAGACGAGUGCAAACACAAUCCCUGUUUCAAUGGCGUAAAAUGUACGAACUUCCCGGAGGGUUACAAAUGCGGACCAUGUCCUGUUGGUUACCGGGGGGGAGCAGUCAUGGGGAAUGGAAAGGAACAUGCGAUGAAAAAACAGGUCUGCGUUGAUAUUGACGAAUGCUCAAUCCCAAAUACCUGCGCACGUUUCUCUGAUUGCAUGAACACUUUGGGAAGUUAUAAGUGUGGCGAGUGCGAAGAGGGAUAUUACGGCAACCCGUAUGUGAAUUGUGAAAGAAAAAUAUACUGUUCAGGAGCCGCGGAAACAAAUCCUUGUGAUAAAAAUGCGCUGUGCAUCAGCAAACACCAUGGACGAUCGUUUGAGUGCUCAUGCAAAGUUGGGUACACCGGAGAUGGUCUUUAUUGUGGCAGGGAUUCUGACCUGGAUGGUGUUCCAGACUACGCUCUUGCGUGUACUGGACCUCAAUGCACGAAGGAUAACUGUAAAGACUUCCCCAACCCAGAUCAAAGCGAUCUCGACAAGGAUGGUGCAGGUGAUGCCUGUGAUAACGAUAUGGAUGGAGACGGUGUACCUAAUGAAAGAGACAACUGCCCUAAAGUAGUCAACGCUGACCAAAGGGCCUCUGACAGCGAUUCUCACGGCGAUGCCUGUGACAACUGCCCUACCGUGGUAAAUGAGGAUCAAUUGGAUCAUGAUGGCGUGGGUCAGGGAGACGCUUGUGAUACAGAUAUGGAUAACGAUGGUGUUAUAAACAGACGUGAUAAUUGCCCUGUAACUCGAAAUUCAGACCAACGUGACGAGGACGGAGAUGGUAUCGGGGAUGUUUGCGAUAACUGUCCAGAAGUGUAUAAUCCUCGACAGGAAGACACUGACCACGAUUUUGUAGGAGACGACUGUGAUAAUGACAGAGAUAGGGACAGAGAUGGCGUACAGGAUUCUCUGGAUAACUGUCCUUACAAUGCAAAUGCUGCUCAGUUAGAUAAUGACAAAGACAGGGAAGGCAACACAUGCGAUAAUAAUGACGACAAUGAUUACCUGAUUGAUAUCCAUGACAACUGUCCUCUCAUUUCAAAUAGCUAUCAAAAACUCUCUGCUGCUCACGGUCGAGGUGAAGAAUGUAAACACGAUUAUGACGGAGACAGAGUGAAGGAUAAAAAUGACGCUUGUCCACACGAUGCCACGAUGACCGCUCUGGACUUUACAGAUCAUAUCGUGUUCCGUCCUGGUGGGGAGUCCACAAUCAACACAGCAGCUUGGAAGGUUGAUAAUGAUGGUAGACAAGUUACCAAGGGAGUAGAUAACGGCGACUCCAUCUUUAUUGGCAACCGUGCAUUUGAAUCAGCAGAGUUUAACGGCACGAUCUAUGUGAAUAGUGAUGGCGAUGGCACCGUGGGCAUCAUCUUUGGAUUCCAAAGCGCAAAGAUUUUCUACAUCGUCAUGUGGCAGAAAUCUCUGCCUGGUGCCGGCUUUGUUAUCAAGGAAGUCAAAUCGUCCACAGGACCUUCUCGAGAUCUAUUUGACGCUCUUAAAAACUCGCAAAGCGUAUCCCGACAGACUAAAAUUUUGUGGGAGGAUCCCAAGAAGCAGGUUUGGGAACACCGUACAGCUUACAAGUUCAUUGUGCGCUUGAAUUCACGUAAAAAGGCGAGAGUGGACGUAUACAAAGGAAGUGACAAAAUUAUCAGUUCCCCCGAGCUCUACGCUGAUUUAUACCGUGGUGGACGUUUGGGGAUGUUUUCCUUUAAUCAGCAUCACGUCAUCUGGACAGCAUUGGAUCUGAAAUGUCUCGACUAGUGGAAUAGGUUGUGAAUGAACGAGCAGAAAGUUUUCAAAUCGAGAUCUACAAGUGAUAUAAACUUGUUGUCAAGAAGAGAUGAACAUAUAUAAAUAUAUAUAGCAAGAAAUCUAUACAAUAUACAAUGCAUUUGGUUUAAUUUUUUAUACCAUUGUGUAUUCUAUACCGAGUGUAUUGCCUUCUUGGAUAAAUUAUUAACCAACGCAAGAUUUAGAACAGGACAUACAAGAUCAAUUGCAUGGCGACAUGUUUGUGAUAAAUGUCCAAUAUAUUCAAAAAUUUCAAUAAAAUAUAUGCAUGUAUAACUGGAAAUGAAGCAAUGAUAUUUUGACUUGCAACGAAGCACCACAUUU